CGCGAACUAGCCGGGUCGAGAUCGAUUACAACGGCGUACGCGACUGUUACAUUCGACGAGUGUUAGGGCAAGUGAGAUGCUCAUCGUCUAUGCAUCUCGAGCGAUAAAUACAAGAAAAAAAAAGAUAAAGCUUCAGUUCGUUACAUCUAAUCUUCAUUUCGUUAAAUUUAAUCACGGUCACAAAAUACUACAGUAAUUUUUAUUUUAAAAUACUUUCCAUGUUUAACAGUCACGAUGCAUGAGAUAUCGUAGUAUAUCACGUCAAGUGAGAAGCACAACAUAAUUAUCGCAUCAAUUACGUCAUACUUUAAUGCAAUACUCGGAACUAAUUAAACUUUCGACGCAAUUCUCUAACAAUAGCCUUACUUAGUAUUUUAAUUUUAAUUUUAAUUUUAUAUUUAAUUUAUUAGCUUAUGUGUUACAACAGUAGUGCUUUCCAAUGUACACAUAAUAAGUGCGCAACAAUGUUCAACGAUAACGAUAUUCUUGUUCAAAGUGAUAGAAUAAAGUGACACAGCUCUCUUUACGACUUAUCUUGGCAAGCAAUGCAAUUGACCUGCGCGGUACUCAAUCUCAGGAGUGUUCCUUUGGUGUUUGAAAAGCUUCCCCAUCAAAAUUAUAAGAUUCACACUCCUGAGAUUGCAUCAGUUAUUUGCUUUACCCUGCUCGGAUAACAGGAGCAAAAAAGAUAACUCGACAUCGACUUUAGAGUCAUCUCACAAGUUGAAGUGAUUGUAAGCACUCUUUUAAUAUACUACGUUGUAUUAAACAACUUUGCGAAUUUGUGAACUUUGUUCGCAAAAAGCAGCUUAUAUAUACGCAAACUAAUUGGAUAGAUUAUUCAGUGAAGUGAAUUCGUGAAGCUACAGACAAAUUUUCAUAAGUUCUUCAAUUCGAAAUGUUUCGAUAUAAUGCAAUGUGUACCAGCAAAGUGGGUCUUAAAGGUAAAACUGUAAUUGUAACUGGAGCAAAUACUGGCAUCGGCAAGGAGGCGGCCCGAGAUUUUUACGCAAGAGGUGCUAGAGUAAUUUUGGCCUGUAGAAACCUGGACAAGGCCAAAGAAGCAGUUGAGGACAUAAAAAACAAUCCACCCAAAAAUAUGAAGACGGACGUGUAUCUAAAUUUGGUGGGCGAGCUCGCGGUUUACCACUUGGAUCUUUGUGACUUGGAAAACGUGAGAGCCUGUGCAAAAGACUUAAUAGAGAAGGAGGCUGCCAUUCAUAUACUCGUCAAUAAUGCCGGAGUGGUUGGUCCUUACAAGAAAACGAAAGAUGGAUUCGAGGUGACGAUACAGACAAAUCAUCUUGCUCCUUUUUUAUUGACACUCUUGCUGCUGCCAAAAAUACGAUCCAGCUCACCCAACUGCAGAAUAGUCAACGUUUCAUCACUUGCACAUCACUACGGUGACAUCUAUUUCGAUGACAUCUGCCUGGAGAAUUCUUACGGACCAUUAAAAGCUUAUAUGCAAAGCAAAUUGGCGAACGUCUUAUUUACGAAGGAACUCGCGCGUCGAUUAAAAGAGGCGGAUAUUCACGGGAUAAACGUAUACUCUUUGCAUCCUGGCGCCAUACCCACCCAAAUAAGCCAGAAUAGUAAUCCGAUUUUGAACUUCUUUUAUACUUCACUGCUAAAGAUAUUCGGUAAGAAUGUUGCACAAGGAGCGCAAACGAUAAUACAUUGUUCGGUGGACGAGAAACUAGCCAACGAGACUGGACUCUAUUAUACAGAAUGCAAAGUUGCCAACCCGCAAUGGAGGGCGAAGGAUGAAGAAUACGCGAAAAAAUUAUGGAACUUAUCCUGCGAACUAUUGCACCUACAACCCAUAGAGGAACUUAAUGCAUUUUUGAAAACUGUCAAAUGAUGCGACAUAUUGACGAAAACGCAUGUUAAUAUCACGUGUAAUUACUAAGUUGAACAAAUAAAUGACGCUUUGUCUCAAUUAAUGUCAAUCAAUGUUUGUAUUAAAACUAAUUAUAGAGAAAAGUAUAAUUUGCUUGCCGUGGCUCGUGUUCGUUAAUAUAGACAUGGCAAAGUAUAUCGAAGUCUUACUUGUUGAUUAACUUGUAUUAAUAAAUAGAGAUAAUGUACAGUUUAUACGUAUCAGCGAAUACCAGCGAAACUGAUAUAAAAAUAUCAGCGAAAAUAUGCGAUAUGUCUGACAGAAAUUCAUAUUUAUCAAUUGACCAAAAGAGUAUCUAGUAUGUAUUGCGCGAGUAAUUAAAUAAAUGAAAUCUAAUAAUAACAAUGAAUAACAAAAAUGUAAUAAUCAUCAUUUAGUAAUUACCACAUAAUCUGUAAUAAUAAAGCCUAUAUUUUAACAGUUAUUACUUGAAAUUGGAAGUCAAAUGUGAAACACUGGAGACCGUAUUAAUAAUUGUUACUCGAAACUUGCUUUAGUUGAAACACUCAGAUUUGAAUUUACAAUCAAAUGUGAAUCUUUCAACUGAAUCACGAUUGGAAACGUAACAAUCAGGUUUUUAUACUGAUUUAUAAUAUCGUUAGAAUAUAUCAUAAUACACGAGGAAAUAAGGAUAGGAUGUACAUAACUAGAAAUAUUAAGUUGUGACAAGUAUAGUUACAUCAUACUCUAAUUAUCUUAAUAUAUAUAUAAUAUGGUAAUAUGUAUGAUUAAUAUGAUUCAUUAUUAGUUACUUUGGUAACGUUGCAUAUAUUGUGUAAUUCAAAUAAAAAACCCAUAUCUAACUCUAAA